CACACACACGCUUUAAUGGAGACACGUGUGUAAGGUGGAGCCGUAAGGACCGUUUAGGAGGAUGGAGUGAAACCGAAGGUGGUUGCCGAGGCAACCGCUCCCCUCGCACCCGCCCUGCAUUCUCUCUCUCCCUCCCUCCCUCCCUCCUUCAUUCGUUCCGUCCACCUCUGUGCUGGCGAUGCUCACGCCGCACUUCCCUCCAACCCAGUUUGUCCUCACCUCUCCACUCACGCUGUCAGGAGGAGGAGGAGAAGACUGCUCUCCAUCACUUUGAAGUCAAGAAGAAGAGCGUGAGCGGACCUUAGCGGGGCCAGCAAAGCACAAGGACAGACCGGCUACUCGCAGCAACCAGCCCAAAAGCGAGAACCUGCGCUUCUCCGUUGUCCUUUUCAAAGGAAGGCAUUUUUCUUCCCUUUCCCCCCCUUUCCUUUUCUACCCCGAUUUUUCCUUCUGGGGUCCCGGGUGUGUGUGUCCCCCCCUUCCCCCCCAACACCACCCUCGGCCACCGUCAUCUAACUUCUCCGGGACCUCAGGUGAGGCGCGCGUGUUGCAUGCGGCGUCGGCCAUCAUGGCUCACGCGGCCUCUCAGCUGAAGAAGAAUCGGGGGGAAGUGGAUGUGAAUGCGUUGGAGGACGAGAAGGAGAAGCGGAGGAAGAGCAGGAGAGCCAUGUCCCGGGAGCAGAAGAGAAAGUCUGACAGCAAUGCCAGUUACUUGAGAGCCGCCCGGGCCGGAAACCUCGAAAAGGUCCUUGACUACCUCAAGUCUGGGGUCGAGAUUAACAUUUGCAAUCAGAAUGGCCUGAAUGCGCUCCAUUUGGCCUCGAAAGAGGGCCAUGUGGAGGUUGUGGCGGAGCUGCUGAAACUCGGUGCCGCCGUGGAUGCGGCGACCAAGAAAGGAAACACCGCCCUGCACAUCGCCUCGCUGGCGGGCCAAACGGAAGUCGUCAAAGAGCUGGUCACCAACGGAGCCAAUGUCAACGCACAAUCUCAGAAUGGCUUCACGCCUCUGUACAUGGCAGCCCAGGAGAAUCACCUGGAGGUGGUCCGCUUCCUUCUGGAGAACAGCGCCAGCCAGAGCAUGGCCACCGAGGAUGGCUUCACCCCUCUGGCGGUGGCCCUCCAGCAGGGCCACGACCAAGUGGUCUCCUUGCUUCUGGAGAACGACACCAAGGGCAAAGUGCGUCUGCCCCUGCACAUCGCCGCCCGCAAGGACGACACCAAAGCCGCCGCUCUGCUCCUCCAGAACGACCACAACGCAGACGUGGAGUCCAAGAUGAUGAAUAGAACAACAGAGAGUGGCUUCACCCCACUUCACAUUGCAGCCCACUACGGCAACAUUAACGUGGCCACGCUGCUUCUGAACCGAGGGGCUGCUGUGGACUUCAUGGCCAGGAAUGACAUCACGCCGCUCCACGUGGCCUCCAAAAGAGGCAACAGUAACAUGGUCAAGCUGCUACUGGAUCGAGGCUCCAAAAUAGAUGCCAAGACCAAGGAUGGUCUGACUCCCCUCCACUGCGGGGCGAGAAGCGGUCAUGCACAGGUGGUGGAAAUUCUGCUGGACAGAGGCGCUCCCAUCCUCUCCAAGACCAGGUAGCUCCUGGGCAGCAGUGGUUCAGGAAAGGUCCUAAACAUGCUUAAAAGUCAAGUUUGUUUUUCAACCCGUGGGCAGCGAUAUACGAGAGUCCAAUGUUACCUUGACUUAUGAGUUUUUUUCCAGUAUCUCGGUUGCUUUGUUGGUUAGGGUUGCAAACAGAAAUUUCACUUACGGAGCUCGAUAGCGGCGGUGAACUUCAACAUCACCAGGCCAUCAUUAGUUCACACAUCGGUAAAAUUUAAAUACAGAUGAUACACACUAGCCAUGUUUUUACAGAAUUUACGGCAUUUUAUUUUUAAAAGUGUUUAAAAAGCUUUAACACAUA